CCAUCUUUUGAAGAUUUUUGGGUCAUUGGGUAUUCCAUGAUACCGGUAUCCAUACAUAGGGAUUAUCGGAGUACCAAAAGUGGCAAGACUAUUGACAAGAGUGAUUUGCUUGGAAACCGAUCUUUCGUGGGCCUCUCGCUCGUGACGACAUUGACAUGGUUUUCGACUUUUUUACUCGCAAGCAUCGGGAUCUGAACAAAGAAUCACCGGAAUUUCGCGAGAAUGAUUUAAGACACGCAUCAAUUUCAAAAUCGUCACCACAAACUCCAAACGGUCUAAUAAUUGAAAUGCGCAAGAAGCCUCUGGAGUCGGGAUCAACAAAAAAGGAAUUUUUUGUCAAGGAGGUCGUCAAUGGGGGGCUUUUUCACAAGAUACACGGAGAUCGCAUCAGGACUGGUGAUCGUCUGGUAAAAAUAAACGACAAGCCAGUUGAAGAAUUUGCUAGUUUGUGGGACAUAAACAAUUAUUUGAAAAAAGAAUUGAAAAUAAAAAUUUAUGUCAAGCGUGAUGGUCUUCAUUUGGAGGAGAAGAAGGUAUGGGGCAAAGCCGAAUACAUCUCGAACAAGAAGUAACAAUCCAAAUUACUUGGUAGAAAGCAGUGACUAUUUAUAUAGAAUAAAUCCUGGGGUAUGUUGAACAAACAUCAAUUCCAUGUCCAGAGCUCGUUUUUUAACAUCUUGAGCUCUUUCCAGUAAAUGACCAGUCUCUGACAAAUGGCGUGCCGUGACGAAAUAAUUACUUAUCAAAUAUCACUGGAACCACUCAAGUUAAAUACAUCAUUUAUUCUCUAUUAAUACAUUAUAUAUUUUGGU